AUGGAGUAUUAUUCCGAACUAAAGUCUUUGGACGACUGGUUAGGUAAUGCGAGCGACAUAAUUUGCUACAUUGAUGAGCAACUCGGCGCCCAGAGAGUUGGUCUACCACAUGGUGUCAAGGCAGGCGAGGAGUUAACUCAUCUUUGGGGCGGAAGGUCAGAUAUCCGGGAGUCCUACAUGGAAGAAAGUCGCCAACCAGAGAUUGAGCUCGCAUGGGAGCUCGAGGACGUUAGGGAAGACCCAUCAGAAAAAGAUCUCCCGCACGCGAUUGCAAUAAUGACUGCGGCAGUUCCCGCCAAUUUUGCCGACCGAAGCAUCACCCUCCAUGAAGUCAAAUGCCUAGUUGGCCUGAUGUGGAGUCGGGAAGCGCGUGGCCCUUUCUGGAGAGAUGAGAUCCAGCCGCUGUUGCUGAUCUCAUACAUGGGCCAAAGGCACGGGAGGAUCACGCAAGCUACAUUCGAUGGAGAACGGCUGAUUAUACAGUAUUCUAAACCAUUCAGCUUUGAGGACGAGACUGAGGCCUUGGUGGAGCUUUUUCUUCGCUACAUAAUGAGUCUCCCUGUCGGACUAAGAGGAUCGGUUCUUCCAUUUCGGGUGCUUAGACAUAGUGUCGAUGGACACAUGGACGUGGAUCCACCUAUCCUUCCAGAGCUUGUGUAG